GAAAAACACGACGACUGCCGAUUGGAUGACUGUUUACGGAAACGAAGAAGAAGAGAAGACUGAACAAAAACAGACGUGGACACUCGUUGACAUGACCGUGAAACAGACGGGAACAUGUCAUAGCCUACAAUGUUGCGGCUUUCCCCGUUCAUCAGCUGUGUGUACAGUCUGUCCAGUCGGGUCAUCUGGGGAGUUCCUCACGGUGCUCCUCUACUGCUGAGGCCGCGCCCGCCUGGACUGAUGUGUGUUUUGGCAGCCGGUAAAAAGGACCUGAUAGACCUGCCAGUCCUGAACGAGGACGAGCUUGAAGAGCAGUUUGUGAGAGGAUCUGGACCCGGAGGACAGGCCACCAACAAAACCAGCAACUGUGUGGUACUCAAGCACAUCCCCAGUGGGACUGUUGUGAAGUGCCAUCAAACCAGAUCUGUGGAUAUAAAUCGAAAGCGUGCGAGGGAAAUCAUGCGAGGGAAACUUGAUGUUUUUUAUAAAGGAGAACUCAGUGAAGUUCUUGUAAAUAAAAAAGAGUCUGAGCUGAGGAAACAAGAGAAGAGGAGGAAAGCAAAUGGGAAUCUAGAGAGAAAAAGACUCUUUAGAGAAACUCUGGCUGCAAACUCCAAACCUGGAAAUGACACUGUUUGAAGGGUGUGUAUAGAAUUAAUACUUGAGAGGUUCUGUAUGUAUCUAUGCCUACACAGAAUGGAUAACUAAACCUGGAAGGGUGCACUGUCAACAGUUAUAUAUCCAAUAAGCCUUGUAUUUGUAUGGCAUAUUUCAUUCAAAGUUACAGGAUCAAAAUGUAGACUGGAGAUUAAAAUAAGAGAAAAGAACAAAAUAGAAUAAAAUGCUUGAAGAGAUGUUCUCCAGAGAAGAAAAAAACAUUAAUUGGGAAAUACAGUAUAGAUUAAAUUUGCAAAAUAUUACCUUUUACCUGUAGGUUGUAUUGGUCUUGGAUACAUAUGUCUUUAACAUUAUCAUUUGAUGACAUCAUUUCCCCUCACUCGUUUCCUGUAAGUUGUUGUUGUUCUGAAUGUGUCCACACACUAAAGCCUUUCCUCCUGCCUCAUUUGAUAUUGAAAACAAAGAACAAUAAAAGUCAACAAUAUUAAAGCUG